AUGCAACGGGCGCGCUGUAAUAUCUGGGGACGGGCGGCGACGUGCCGGAGGGCCCGCCCGGAACGAAGUCCGUUUAUUACCCUCGUGAUCAAGGAUUCGUGGCAGGACCUUGAGCGCGAUAACGAAGGUGACUCCUUUGGAGAACUGUCCGAUAUUAAAGACGUACGCUACGUAGAGUAUCUAGCCGCGCCGGAGGGGCUCGACACCCUCGGCAUCUUGCAAGACAGCAUUACAGGUCAAAAAAGAUACUCUACUACUCACUGGCGCCGUGACCGCCCCGGCUAA